AUCCUGUUGAUUGUCCUUCAUUAGUUGUAAGUAUAUAUCUUAGCUUGCGGAUAGUUAGAAAUUAGCAAAGAUUAGAACACGGUAGUUCAAACAUAGACAGUACAAAAGCAAGGAUCAGUGUCAGAUGAGUACUAGCAAAGAUUAGAACACGGUAGUUCAAACAUAGACAGUAAAGUCACUUCUACUCUCUUUCAAAUCAGAAUAUUUCCUAGUAUUCUGCAAAACAUGUCAGGAUCAGUGGGGUCACACCACCCCGACCACGACCAAAAUCUUCAAAGUAGAAUGGCAUCCCUUUAAAUUGUCCAAAAGAUAAGGGUGUUUCGGUCAUUCCAUACGUUCACAACCUUUACCAUUCAACUAGAGAGUAUUAAAGCCCUUCCUAACCAAAUAUUUUCUAACGAGAGAUAGAAAAUGUCAGUACCACUCAAAUCAACGUUUUCCAUGUCUUCUUCUCAAUGUUCAUCUUCAUCUUCACAAAAAUCAAGCUCUGUGAAACUGAAGUCCCUAAUCCAAAUUCUAAUCAUCACUCAAGUUUGUCGACUAAUCCGAAAAAUCUCUAGAGCUUCAUCCAUUCUUGUUAGAGUCUUGAGGAAGAAGCAAUACAAUCUUUUGUCAAUGUCUUGUUCGUUCUAUCCAAAAAGAACCUCCAAGAAACAAAAGAAUAAUAUAUUCUUCGGCUCCUUCAGACUUCAUUACAACUUUUGCUCUUCUCACGUGGUGCCUGUCUCUGCCCCGGUGCGUCUCCCUGAAGAACUCUACUUGGCUCAUCUACAAUACGACUCUACUUGGGAGUCAAUGCAUUCGACUGAGUUUAUUGAUGGUCUAGGAGAUGAUGUUGGUGAUGAAAUUCAAGAACCAUCUCAGCUCUCUAGCUAUCUAAAACAGCUUGAGGAUGAUAAAGCUAAAGAUGGCAAAGAAGAAGAAGAAGAAGAAGAAGAAGAAGAGGGGAAAGAGAUGAAGAUGAUGAAUCAGAUUGAUAAACUGGCUGAUAUGUUUAUUGCAUAUAGUCAUGAGAAGUUCAUGUUGGAGAAGGUUGAUUCGUAUAGGAGAUUUCAAGAAAUGCUGAAUACUAGCAGUUGAUGAUGAUUAUGAUGGACCCAUUUGACUCUUUCAUUUCUUUUUAUGUAAUUUCACUUUUCCUUCUUUUUCUUUUUGAAUUCCUUCUUGGUGUUCUAAUUAUCUGGAAAUGUAUUGGAAGCAUAGGGGGAUGGAUUGUGUGGUGUGUGUUGUGUUACAAAUAUAUGGUUGAUGAUGGUGGUGGUUCAUAAAAAUAUAACUAGUAUAGACAAUCCAAAAAGGAAAUCAGAGGAUGAGAAUAUGGUUAAUUGGUUUUUUGUUACUUUGGCUUUUACGUUUGUCUUCUUUUGCUA